AUGGAUCAUGACCGUGCCACAUUUGAGGAAACGUUCGAUCAUGUCAUCCACCAAAUCUACGAGUCAUCCUCAUUCCUCUUCGAGAUGACGACACAGAUGCUGAUCUGGGAUUACUAUCAACGGAGACCACGUUCCCUAUUACGACAACAGAUACAGCGAUUGCAGCAAGAGGAUCUCAUUCCCGAAUCUAUCAUACUGGAUGACGAUCCAUGGGACUGGCCCUCGGUAUCCAGCAUCAUUGCUCCACUCUUCGAAGUCGAUCCUGCAUACAUCAACACGAUUGGACCUCUUGGCCGCAACAGACUACAACGCUGCUACAGUGCUACUUCACAUGAAGGUAGCCCAGGAGACCCGGUUGCAUUUGAAGAGAUUCCCAACGCGUUGAUAAGAAUGGGCGUUGAUGUACAUCAUCGUGACCACGACGGCUUAACGCCGAGCAUGUACGCUAGACGUCGUGGCGGAUGGGAUGGAUGGUGCAGAGCACUUGCGAGGAAUGGUCUGCGCAUCGAAGAUGUAGUCAAGGAGGACGAUACGGAAUGGCUCUUGGAUGAGGAUUGGAGGAGCGUCAUGAAGGAAAAGCAUGGCGAGCUGGCUGUCACAGGGUAG